ACUACGUCACAGGUUUCUAGCCAAACGCGGCAGCGAUUAGAAAUUUGAAAUGUACACGCUAACGAGCUAGCUGCUAGCAUACGCCUCGGAUUUAUAAUCAUCGUUUUUCUUUUUCCUAAAAAUCAAUGGCGUCGUAUUAUAAUGUUUUACAACACACAAAACCUCGGUUUGAAUCUCCUGCGAAGGUAUUUGCUAAGCUAAAGUCUAAAGUGCAGAAAGAAGAAAUACGCGAGAAGAAGGAAACUUUUACACCCAGGGAGAGAGAGAAACAUGGGACCGUUUUUAAGUCGCCCAGGAAGCGAGCAGAGAGCACCUGGAUGACCGAUGAUCCCAAGGAGAAUCACAGAUCUGGUUUCUAUCGCGACGAAGCGCAAGCAUUGACUCUCUCUCCUAUAUCGAGCCCUCAGAAAACCGUCGGAUACGUGUAUUCAGGUAGCAGACAUGUGGAUGAAAUGCCUCCUGCGGCAGAAUGUAGAACGAGAUGGAGCGAUGUGAAGUCAAGAGCCUUCUCUCACCCCUCCUAUAUGGCCACCAGACAGCAGAUCCACACAGAACCACCCCAGUUUAGAGAUGGAUUCAGCAGGACUCCAGUAAAGAUGCAGCCAACAGAAAAUGAUUUCGUCAGCAGUGUGUUUGAGGAGGAGAACCCUCUUGACACACUGGUGUCUCCAGCCUAUAUGUUGUCCCCUAUGAAGGACAGGCAGAGGAAGAGAAAGUGGGAGCCGCAGGAGUUUAGCAGAGUCAGAGGUAGUACAAGGGAGGCCAGCAAUGAAUCCAUAAGAAAAAGUUCUUGUGCCUUCAGUGAGAAUAACAACAAUGUCAUGGAGGGUUUUGAUGAUGUUCGAGGAUACUCUGCUGACCCAUCAGAGAAGAACCAGUUCUUCAGUGAUUCAGUGUUCCUGUCACCAAGAUCUACUGCAAGGAAACGUUGUUUUGUUGAUUUGGAAAGAUGUCCUCCGAUGUCUCCAGCCAAGAUGUUUGCCUUCAUGAAGGAGAGGGAAAAUAAAAAGGAGCAGCAGGAGGUUGAUAAAGUCAGCAGCACCACUAGAGAUCUCUUUGGUGCAGAUAGUUUCCAGCAGACCAGAGACACGCCUCCCUCCACAGAUCACAGCAGGAGUGAGGUGGAGAACAGAACUUUUCCAAAUAUGUCAGACAGUGUGGUGCCUGUCGAGUCAGCUGACAGCCCAUCAGACACAGAUCCCUCUGCAGACGCCCUGAGCCCCGCUGCGAGGCCACAGCCUGUUUUGCUUGAGGACCCGAUUCUGCUCCAAACACCAAGUAUCUCCAUACCGAAGAGACAGGAGGCUCUGUUCAAGCGACCCACAAAGUUCCCAAGUGAAAGUGUGAUUCAUCUCAAACAGUGGUUCCUGAGGAAGCAUCCUAAAGGCCUUUUUGUUGAUGGAAUCCACGGGGAGGACAACAUAACAUGGAACAGUAACAUUAUUGUGGAAAGGGUUUCCAGAGCUGUGGUUAAGACGAUCUCCGGCAGGGUUUACAUCUUGGUUGGCAAGAUGAACACGAGCGCUGACUCUGAUUUUCCCAAGUGGCUUUUGAAGAAGUUUGCUAAUGGUUUUCCUCCAAACUGGGAGGCACUUUAUGAGAAGUUUCUGUCAGAGUCACAAGACAACGCCAGCAAAGGACCAGAGAGGCUCACUGAGGGGAGGAGCAUCAAAUCAAAGAAGUCUGAGGAGUCUGAGGCCUCCAUUGCCCAUUGUGUGAAGUCGCACAGACGAAAGCCUUCGAACACACCUGCUUCCAGUCCUCCUGCCUCCUUGUCCUGUGGGAAAGUGUCUCGAAGUGGUCGCACCAUCAUCCCGCCUCUGGAGUACUGGAAAGGAGGCAGAGUUCUUCUGGACAGCCAGAUGAAUGUCACCAUCCAUGAAUGUUAUGAUACCUCCAUCUGCACCCCUGAAGUCCCUGAAAAGGUGUCUAAGAAGGCAAUAAAGAAACCUGCUCAUGUGUUCCUGCCCUGCAGCGACGGCCGUAAGCAGUGUGAAUCAGCCAGAGACGAAGACGCAUCAGGACCACUGAGGAAGGUCAAGGCUCCACUCCGCAAAAGCAACAAAGCCAAAGCCAAGCCACAAGAAAAACCCUCUUAUUCACCUGAACCUCCUGUGGAGGACCCCGAAGAAUGGUCUGCCAUGCGAACUAGGUCCAGCCGACGGCGCCCAGCUACCGGUAGAACGUUGUGUGUGGACACUGUUCCUCAAAAGCAACCUGAAAAGUCUUCAACACGGAGGUCAAAAACCCAGACACACGACACCACGAGGCCUUCAGGGAGAGUGCUGGGUAGCAGACGGGCUGUCUCAUCAUCUCCAGAAUCUGUUAAUGAGACAACAUCACCAGGUGAUGAGGUCCGAGGGAGGAAGAAGACGGGUAAAGACGUGCACAGGGAGAGAGGCAGGAGAGUUCAAAAGAAGUCACGGAAAAGCAACGUGUUUCCAUCAAGUGAUUUAUCAAAGUCCUCUGAGGAUCUUCAGAUGGGACUAACAAAGAGAACCAGAGAAACACAAACAAAACACAAGAAGACCAAGUCAUCAUCACCCACACAGCCUCUGCCUAAGGAGACACAAUCCAGGCAGAAACCUAAGGCAAACAAAGGCAAAGCACCGGCUCCACAAGAGCAAGACGAAGACGAGUGGACGGAGGCCGAGCUCAGGAAGCUGCAAGAUGCUGUGUCUUACUUUCCCAAGAACACGCUGGGUUACUGGGAGAAGGUGGCGAGGAUGGUUGGAACGCGAUCUCCAGAAGAGUGCCACUGCCAGCACACGUCACAGGAAACCUGCCAGACCCCCGCUACGAAACCCAAGAAACCCAAGAAGUCCAGAAAGGAGAAGGUGGAAGCUCUGAAAAAUCCAGGUGCGGUGAUUUCUGCCCGAGUGGGAACUUUAAAGAGAAAGCAGCAAGUGCGUCAAUUCUUGGAAAACUUGCCCACACACGAUGUUGAUGAUGUUUUCAGCUCUGCGUACAUGCAGAAGAAACGCUUUGAGAUGCCCUCCUUGUGUUCCAGUGAGCAGGACUACACCUUGCCAGAUCUGGAGCCACUGACCCCCAAGUCGACAGGCUUCCCUGAAGUGAAGACUCCUCAGUGUCUGCAUAUCACUCCUGGAAUGAUGGGUUCUCCAACCAGGACCAACGAUGACAAGUACGUCUAUCAGCUCCAGAAGAGGAUGAAAAACAAUCGGUUUAACAUCCACAAACGGGCUUCUACUUCCAAGAGCUUCACUCCCACGCCGGGAGUUAAACGAACAAUGAGAAGAUGUGCUAACACAGAAAAUGACACCUUCGUUGUUUGGGAGAUGUUCCCAGGAGAAGGUGGUGCGCUGUAUGAAAGUGGAGAGGAAGAAGAUUAUUACUUCGACGAUGAUCAGAGCUGAAAUGUCUUAAUUUUUAUUUUUGUCUUUAAUUAUUUGCAUCCAUAAAUCUUAAUCUCAGUGGAUUAGAGGAGAUAUGUGAGGGUUUUUUUUAAGUGUUUUACACAUAAGAGGUAAAUGUCUUUGCCUCAUUCAAUUUUUAUACCUUGCAUUGCACCUUGUUUCACACUAAAGAGGUUAAUGUGGCCUGUUGUACAGUUAGGUUUAGUAAUUGUUUAUUGUAUUCAAAACCAGUAAGUUCCUGUAAAUAUGUCUUUUGUUUAAAGUCCUGGUCAGUGCCACAAGAGUCAAGAGCUGUAACUUCUUUCAAUAAACAUGCUUUAAUUCA